GUCAACUUCAAGAAGCGGACGCGAGCUAUCUCGAUAGUCGAUGGCGCCGGCGCUCAAGGUGUACGGGUGGGCGGUCUCGCCGUUCGUGGCACGCCCCCUGCUGUGCCUGGAGGAGGCAGGCGUCGACUACGAGCUCAUCCCCAUGAAACGCGAGGCCGGUGACCACCUUCUGCCGGACUUCCUCGCCAAGAACCCCUUCGGCCAGGUCCCCGUUCUCGAGGACGGCGACCUCACCCUCUUCGAGUCGCGCGCAAUUGCGAGGCACGUGCUUCGCAAGUACAAGCCGGAGCUGCUGGUGGGCGACGGCUCGCCGGAGUCGGCGGCGAUGGUGGACGUGUGGCUGGAGGUGGAGGCCCACCAGCACCACCCCGUGGCGGGCGCCAUCUCGAUCCAGUGCCUCCUCGUCCCGCUACUCGGCGGCACGCGCGACCAGGCCAUCGUCGACGAGAACGUUGUCAAGCUGAGGAAGGUGCUGGAGGUGUACGAGGCGCGGUUGUCGGCGUCCAAGUAUCUCGCCGGGGAGUCGGUCAGCCUCGCCGACCUCAGCCACUUCCCGCUCAUGCACUACUUCAUGGAGACGGAGUACGCGUCGCUGGUGGAGGAGCGCCCGCAUGUCAAGGCGUGGUGGGAGGAGCUCAAGGCCAGGCCGGCGGCGAGGAAGGUCAAGGAGUUCAUGUCACCGGACUUUGGGCUGGGGAACAAGGCAGAGCAGUGAUUGCAACGUCGGCGUAUAUGUUGUGUGUGUUUUCAGAUUGUUUAUCCGGUGUGAAUGAAAUAAAAAGUGGUCCGGGUCAGUACAAUUUCUUUCAAA